AUGAGAUACUAUGGUUCAAGAAGGAUAGUUUUUAUGUUCAAGGGCUUGAUUGGCCAUGGAGGAUACGGUGAGAUUUACUAUGCUGUGGACAUCAGAACUGCAGAUGAAGUGGCUAUAAAGGUGGAACCGAAAAAGAGGAAGGGUCGCACAGUUAAAAGAAUGAUUCUGGAGCAGAAGGUUCUUCUUCGACUACAAGGCAGACCACACAUACCAAAGAUGAUUGCUUCCGGUCACGAUAAUAGAAUUAAUUUCAUCGGGCAAAUUGAAGUGGGUAAUACGGUUGAAUUGGCGUUAUUUUCAGUUAUGCAAUUACUCAGUAUCAAUAUUGGAGAUUUGAAAAAGGCAAGUCCAGUAAAAAGGCUAGGUAGAAGCACUGUUGGGCGAAUCAUGCAACAGGCAAUAGCUGCUCUACGAGAUAUUCAUUUGGGUGGAUAUAUUCACAGAGAUGUAAAACCUGCUAACAUGUGUUUCGGAAUCACUCCUCAGAGCCGUCACAUACUCGUAAUAGUUGACUUUGGUCUUGUACGGCGAUUUAAGAACUUAGAUGGCACUACUCGUCCUUUGAGACCAAGAGCAGGAUUUAGAGGAACAGUGCGUUACGUGUCCAUCCGGGUGCAUGACCGCAUUGAUCAGUGUCCUGCAGAUGAUCUCGUAUCCCUCGUUUACUCAGGUCUAGAACUUCUUGUUGGCGAUUUGCCAUGGAAGUACAUAGUGAAAGGUGAAGAUGUUAAGCAAGCCAAACUAGAACUGCAAGGUGAUCCUCAAACCUCUUUCCUCUCCUUGACAUGCGAUUCAUAUCAAGAAUUUGCUCGUGCGGUAUUCAGCUUGAACACUGGAGAGGAACCAAAUUAUGCCGCACUACAAGCUUUGCUUACAGAAAUGGUUGGAGAUCGGAAGAUGAGCGAUCCAUAUGACUGGGAGAUGAACUAUCGCGAGGCCAUCGAAGGUGUGCGGUAA